UCUUUCUCUUUUUUGUUAUGAGUGUACCUAAUUUUCCUCUAUUUAACAACAUUGUUCACUAUGCCAAUAAAGAAAACAACAUUGCUAUUGACGAUGUACGCAUGAACAAAAGUUUUUCAUACAAUGAAUUAAUUCAUGCUGUUGCACAACUUCGACUUGAACUAUUAAAUGGCAAAAGUUCACUUGAGCAAGACCGUAUUGCUAUUUUGUGUCCAAGUGGGUUUCCUUAUGUCGUUUCUUUACUUGCUAUUUGGGCAGCGGGUGGUAUUGCUGUCCCUAUUUGCACAACGCAUCCUGCCCCUGAACAAGUCUAUACAUUACAAGACUCACAAGCUUCUUUUAUCAUUGGACACCCUGUCUUUGCUGACCGUCUUCAAGAAAUCGCAACCACGACACAACUUGCUUAUACAAUCAAAGACGACCCUGCCUUUAUCGCUCUUGCUCAAGAUAACUCGAGUCUUUCGUUGAUCGAUGCUGACUUUAAUGCAAGUGCUUUGAUUAUUUAUACAAGUGGUACCACAGGUAAACCCAAAGGCGCUGUAUCCACUCACUGUGUGAUUGAUGCACAAGCCUCUGUCCUUGUGAAAGCAUGGUACUGGACUUCACAAGACCGUAUUCAUCACAUCCUGCCAUUGCAUCAUAUCCACGGUAUUGUGAAUGCUUUGAUCUGUGCUCUGUAUGCAGGUGCCACAGUGGAAAUGCAUCAGAAAUUCGAUACAACCCAAGUAUGGUCAAGAUGGACAAACCCCGAAUUGCCUCGGUUGUCUAUCUUUAUGUCUGUGCCUACUGUCUAUGCUAAAUUGCAACAGUAUUUUAAAGCACAAGAUAAGGAGAAACAGACAGAGUUGACAAAGGCUUGUAAGCAAUUUCGGUUUAUGGUUUCGGGAUCUGCUUCGUUGCCUACUUCUUUGCGUAAUGAUUGGCGUAAAUUAAGUGGUGGACAAGUUUUACUGGAACGUUAUGGCAUGACAGAAAUUGGGAUGGCAUUAAGUCAAGAAUAUGUGAUUUGGGAAAGAGUGCAAGGGACUGUCGGUAUGCCUUUACCUGGUGUACAAGUCCGUAUUAUUUCUUCAGAAACAAAUGAAGAUGUGACAGAACAAAGACAAGUGCCUGGUAUGUUACAAAUCAAGGGCCCUACUGUCUUUAAAGAGUACUGGCAAAGACCUGAAGCGACCAAAAAAGAAUUUACGGAGGAUGGAUGGUUUAUUACGGGUGAUGUGGCUCAACGCAUUGGUCAUCGUGGCUAUUAUCAAAUCAUGGGUAGAAACAGCAUUGAUAUUAUCAAGACGGGUGGUGAAAAAGUAUCAGCCCUUGAGAUUGAAAGAGAAUUGUUAUCUGCUAAUUUAGGUAUUCAAGAUGUAGCUGUUGUAGGUGUACCUGACCCUGAAUGGGGUCAAAAAGUAGCUGCUGUGGUUGUAUUAGAACAAGGAAAGGUAAAGCUAUCCUCAUGAUAAAAAGAAAAAAACGAAUGACUUAAUCUCAGCAGGAACUUGAUUUAUUAACCAUGAGAAAUACUUUGAAAAAACAACUGGCUGUUUAUAAAGUCCCUGCUCUAUUAAAAAUUGUGUCUGAAUUACCCAAGAAUGCAAUGGGAAAAGUGACCAAGAAAGAUGUAGUUGCUUUAUUUUAGAAUUAAAAAAGAAUGUUGUCCCUCC